AAUUAUAAAAAAUGAGCAUUAGGCAGGCUUUGUUUAUCCAAAGACGUCAUUCAAUGAUUGGGAAAGAGGAAAUAAAAGAGAGACUUUCUUCUAGUAGUAGGAGUUCUAAUCGAAGAAAUUCAAGUGAUAAACAUGACAAUAAAAAGAGGAUAUUGGAUUUCCUCAGAGAUCCUCUUAUUGAUUAUGAGCAAAUCCUAACUAAGCCAAUGAAAAAGCCUGCUCUAAAAAUAACCUCUCCUAGAGAAACUCUUGAAAUUCUCUCAGAGGUUGAGAGCUGACUUAAAAGCGUGCCUCGGAACAUUCUAAAACUUGAAAAGAAUCUUGUUUAUCUGAAACCGAGAUGAGUGCAUCUAAGGGAGAAAUUACAGGAGGCAUUGAGUUCUAGGGCACCAUUAAGUUGCUCAUACUACAAAAAUGAGGCAGAUAAGAUCAUAGGGACAAUAAAAUAACUGUGAUUUAAUCAAAACGAUAUAGAUAGAAAGAAAUCUUUUGGAGAGGGAAUCCCUCCAAGUCCUUUAACGCAAGGUCUUGACUCAACUAUUGAUGGAACACCUCUGAAAUUGUCAAAUAAAAUUGACCCACAAGAGCAAGAAAUUCAAGAGCUGAAAGAGAUUAUUAGUGAGAGAGAUAAUAAUAUUGCUAACCUUAAAGAAGAGAAUAAUAAUCUUAAGAUGAAAAUAGUGAGUCUUAAGAAAACGACUGGGAACCUUAUGAAAAAGGCUUUACGUUUUGAGAAAGAGAAUGAUAAUCUAGAGAAAGAGAAUAAUAAUUUCAGGAAAAAUACGGAUAGUCUUAAGAAAGAAAUUACGAUUCUUAAGGGAGAAAAUGAUAGUCUUAAGGAAAAAUUGGUUACUCUUGAGAAUAAAAAUGCUGACCUGACGAGAGAAAAUUUUAGGCUCAGGGAAAAGAUUAAAUACCUUGAAGAAGAAACUGUACAUUUGGAGGAAAUAAUUGAAAUACAUGAGAACAAGAUUAGUUCUCUCAAUAAUAAAAUUAACUAUUUACUUGACGAAUUAAACACUUCAAGCCCUGAUAAUUUCAAUCUACUAGUUCAAGCAAUGCUAGGGAUUGCUUUUAAAAUAUCUCCUUCGUCAACCCUCAGCUUGGACCUGGCCAAUACCAAGCAUUAUGAUUUAAUAGACAAAGUCAACGAUAAGAUGCCUGAUGUAGGAAGGCUAGGCAUCAACAACUUAGGAGAAGAUAUAGGCCAGGCCAAGAAGAUACUCAAGAGUAACAUGUUAGGAAAGAUAGACGAACUCUCGCUGAAUGAGGAAGGCCAGAUGGUGGAGUUUCAUGAAUUUGGAGAAGAAUUUGAGAAAGAACUUUUGAAAAUUGUAAAACAAAAUGUUUGCAAGAACAUUUCGUUGUCUAAUUUUAAGAUCCAGAAAGGGAGCUUGAGUGAACUGCUCUAUUCUGCAGCACAUUUGCCCUCUCUUUCUCUUCGAGGUUGACAACUUGAAACUUCACCUAUUCCAGCUCUAAAUAAAAGCUAUUGAUAUGUGACUAAUCUUGAUCUUUCCUUUUGAGGAUCUCCAGAGCUAGGUAAUUGGGGAAUGAACCCUACUCAUUUCGAUAAUCUCCUUCACUCCCUCUGAGGCCUAAAAGGAAUUAGAAACUCUUUAAAGAAGAUAACAAUGCACUUGUGUGGGCUUGACGAGAAGGAGAUUAGGGAGAUACUGGACAAGUACAAGUUUAAUAAAAAAAUAACGAUUUUGGCUUCUUAG